CCUUAAGGACUUCUGCCCCUCUGAGUGGCCGCAUCCUGCUUCACAAUUUCAGAAGGCGCCAGCAGGACCAGAGCAGAGCACAUUAAUACUAUCUCAGCUCUGCCCCGAAGCUCAGCCCAGGAAGCUGCCCUGCCAAAGUUCACAUGUUUCAUAGGGUAGGCAGGAGCACUAGAGAAGAGGAAAUAUACAUUUAAACCCAAACAGGCUUGGCUUGAAGAAAACAUUGUUUUUUCAAUGCAGCUAUGAAUUAAGAAAAAUACAGAAGAAAUUGGCAUGCCACUUAAGAAGGGAAGGCUUGGGAAAAAGAAAUACUGAGGAAGAGCAGCCAGAAAAUUCAGCAUGACGGAAGCAUUCACAGAAACGACAGCUGAAUACGCUUAUGACGAACAUGCUUUUUCCUGCAAUAAGACUGACAUCCAAGAAUUUGGGAAAAUAUUUCUGCCAAUAUUUUACAUUGCAGUGUUUGCUCUUGGCCUUACAGGGAAUCUAAUGGUGGUUUUUGCUAUUGUGAAAGAAGGCAGUAAAAAAAGCAUCACUGACAUCUAUCUCCUGAACUUGGCUAUCUCGGACCUUCUCUUCGUGAUCUCCCUCCCCUUCUGGGCUUCCAACACGGUCCGCGGAUGGACCCUUGGGACUAUUCCAUGCACAGCUGUUUCCUCUCUGUAUUACAUUGGUUUCUUUGGGGGCAUGUUCUUUAUCACUGUUAUCAGCAUUGACAGAUACUUGGCCAUUGUCCAGGCAACAUAUUCUCUGAAAUCCAGAACAGUGAAACAUGGCUUUCUUAUAACCUGCGGAGUAUGGGCAAUAGCAGUUUUAGUUUCAGUGCCACAUUUUGUGUUCUCCCAGCUGGUAGAAAAUGACUGCAUUUCUGUCUUCCCCCAGUUGCUGGAGAACAUCUGGCCAGUGUUCUGCAAUGUGGAGCUGAACACCAUCGGCUUUUUCAUCCCAGUCUGUAUCAUAUGCUAUUGCUACUGUGGGAUUGUCAAAACGCUGCUGACCUGCAAAAAUCAGAAAAAAACACGAGCCAUAAAACUGAUCUUGGUUGUGGUGGUCGUGUUUUUUGUGUUUUGGUCCCCCUACAAUGUACUGAUUUUUCUAGAGACUUUAAGGCAUUAUGAGUUAUUCACAAGUUGCAACCAAAUUAAAUCAUUGGACUAUGCGAUGCACCUGACCGAAACCAUUGCAUUCAGUCACUGUUGUCUCAAUCCUCUUAUCUACGCCUUUGCUGGGGAAAAAUUCAGGAAAUACCUUUAUCAUCUCUGCUUAAAGUACUGUCCAUUCCUGUGUUUCUGUGGUCCCUGCAGUCGCUACCAGGUCACCUAUUCAGCUAGCUAUGCAGAAAGCGUUGUGAACAGCAACAUAACCCUCAAUACCAGUGACCAGGAUGGCUCCGUCUUCGUCUAAAAGGCUCUGUGAAGAAGAAAUGUAUGUAAAUAUGUCUUCCGCAGGGCUAGCCACCACUCAGAUUGCCAUUACCCAUAUGAAGAGACUUAACGGCUGCACCAAAUUACUGACAUGCCUCUUGUUAAGCAUUAAAAUAUUCUAAAACAGUAAAGAUUUUAAAAACAAAAGCAGUACAAUACGUCAAGGCUGACCAUGGAAUUGAAUCAAGAGAGAGGAAGAGGGAAAGUAGAAGCAAAAGCAGCAUUCUGUGCCUACAACAGGAGAUGGUGAAGAAUUUAAGGAUAGGGAAGCUGUUAAACAGUUUCUUCAUUGAAACUUGUGCAUGUGUCAGUGUAUGCACGUGUGGUGCAAAUGUAUAUAGAUGUAACCUUGUUUUUUAAGGGAAGAGAGAUCUCUUCAAUGAAUGAUAGCUGACUGUUAGCAAAGGGGAACAUUUUUGGUAGUAAAGGGGUAUAUUUUUGAUGAUAUAUAUCCAUACAGAAGUGAUUUUUGGGGUUACUGAUUGCAACAAACGUUUUACCUGUGGUUUCAUACCUAAUAAAAUCC